AUGGGAACCCGAACCUUCUUCCACCACAGAGAGGAGGAGCAAAAGGAGGAGAGGCAACAGAGCUUGCAAAUGACCUCCACAACUAGAAAGAAAAAGUUCAAAACCAGCGAGGAAGAAGAGACUUUCAGCCUUUCAGAGUUAUCGAUAGCAGCUGCCCUUGCCUUGACCUCCGAAAUACCACAGGAUUACAAGAUAAAAAGAGAAGCUGCCAUCCUAGAGCUAGAACAGAGGGGGCAAAAGAGAGUUCGGUUUGGGAAUGACAUGGAAAAGUUGGAAAAGGAGGUUAUUCGGAACUGCAGACUGCUGCGUGUGAGAGCUGACCGGAAGGCCCUUCGGAGGAAGGCUGUAGAAAAGGCAUGCGUGGAGAAGGAAUACAUUGAGCUGCGAUCGGGGCGACCACCUAUGUUCUGGAUCCCCCUCAGAGUACAUGCAGUCUGGGAGAGGAUGGAAGUGAAGCUGGCAUGUACGGUCCUGGCUUCCCCACCGCCGCAGGUUACUUGGUAUAAAAAUGGAGUGCGUAUUGAUCCUCGCCUAGCCCCAGCAGGAAAAUACAAGAUAAAAAACAAGUUUGGGAUGCUGACCCUGCACAUCAGCAGAUGCUCCAUGGAAGAUUCUGCUGAAUAUAGUGUUGAAGUUAAGAAUCAAUACGGCGAGGCUUAUUCAUUUGCUACAGUGCUUGUCAGGAAAUAUUACGGAAAGGAGUCAGGAUUUGAUUCAGAAAUAUACAGAAGAUCCCUUAUGGCCAGAGAGGCAGAUUUUGCUUUUCCACUGAAACCCUUAUUUUCAAGAGAAAAGGAGCCUUUCACCCUCUCCUGUUACUUCUCUUCUGAUUUACUUGAACACCAACGAGACAUUACCUGGUUCAGAGAUGGCAAGUUGCUGCAGAACUCUGAAUGUCGGGAACUAAAGUACCAAGACCAGGAGGCUUCUCUGACGGUGUCAUGUGCUUACAAAGAAGAUGAGGGAUUCUACACUAUCCGUGUCCCCUCACUGGAUGGAUAUAAAGAGCAGACCACUUACGUGUUUGUUAGAGAUGCUGCAGCAGAAACAGCUGGUGCACCUGGAUCCCCACUCAACGUGAAAUGCCAUGAUGUAAAUACAGACUGCUUGAUUCUUUCUUGGGUAGCGCCCAGUGACAACGGAGGAAGUCCAAUCCUGGGAUACUAUAUUGAAAGGUGUGUUGCUGGGUCAGAGGAUUGGGUCCCAUGCAAUGACAAGCCUGUGAAAACCUGCAGAUACCCUGUCUUGGGCCUUGCUGAAGGACAGACAUACCAGUUCCGAGUAAAGGCCGUCAAUAAAGAGGGCAUCAGUCAUCCUUCAAAAACCAGUGAUCCAGUUACAACAUAUGACACCAGCAAGGACAAGAGAGUGACAGUUAUUCCAUACGACGAAGGCAGGACGAUAGAAAUUUUCAAGGAUGACCUGGAAGGACAUAUUAAAAUUCCCUUGCCACCCACCAAUGUUCAUGCAAGUGAGGUCAGAGAAGAUUAUGUGGCUUUGGCCUGGGACGAACCAGAUCCAAGAGGCAGAGAGCCACUGAAUUAUUAUGUGGAAAAGUCAAUUGCAGGCAGCAACUCCUGGCAAAUGGUUAAUCUGGAUAUGCCAGUUAAUUCCCCAAGAUUUGCACUCUUUGAUCUCGUUAAAGGAAAAUCAUACUGUUUCCGCGUGCGAUCUGUUAACAAGUAUGGAAUCAGUGAGCCAUCCCUGCCCAGUGAGCCUGUAACUGCUGGAGCAAAACUGGCUACUCUGCCUCCACCAUCUCAGGUUUUAGCUUUCAGAGACACCAAGACAUCUGUUGUUUUGCAAUGGGAUAAGUUAAAGGAUGGUCUGGAGCCUCUUGGCUACUACAUAUAUUGUCGGGAGACUGGGACAGAAGAAUGGCAAACUGUCAAUAAUAAGCCCGUGACAUGUAAUGAAUUUACUGUUCCUGGGCUGCAGCCUGGAAAAGAAUAUGUCUUUUGUGUGAAAUCUGUCAGUGAAGCAGGACUAAGUGAAAGCUCACCAGAAACAGAUCCUAUCGUUGUAAGGCAAGCUAUUGCUUGUCCAUCAGCACCACACGGGUUUGUUCUUCUAAAUUGUGGGAAGGCUGACAUGACCAUCGGCUGGAAACCCCCGAAGCGCAAGGGAGGAACAAAGAUUCUGGGUUAUUUCGUAGAUCAGCAUGAUAUAUCUGAACUAGAUUGGCAUGAAGUCAAUAUUCAGCCAAUUCCGCAACGAGUUUGCACGGUCAGCAACCUUGAGGAAGGUCACCUGUAUGAAUUCCGUGCCUGUGCAGUGAACAUGGCUGGUGUUGGGGAAGUAUCUGAACCCAGUGACUUGUUCAGAUGUGAGGAGUGGACAAUGCCAGAACCAGGCCCUCCUUAUGAUGUGAAGUGCACUGAAGUGAGAGACACAUCCCUGAAGCUACACUGGGAAGCACCAUUGUACAUAGGAGCAGGUCCUGUUACAGGGUAUUAUGUAGACAUGUGUGAAGAAGGAUCAGAGGAAUGGAAACAAAUAAAUAAGCAGUCCAUAGCCACCACCCAUAUGAAGGUUUCAGAUCUGGAGACAGGGAAAUGCUAUAUUUUCCGAGUAAGAGCACUGAACAAGGCUGGAAUUGGACCCCCUUCACUCCCCUCGGAUCCUGUGGUAGCUAAAACCAAACCCGGCACAAAUGAUAUUGAACUUGGGGUCGAUGAAGAGGGUUUCAUUUAUAUGGCUUUUGAAGCUCCUGAAAAGAAUGACUGCUCUGAAUUUAUCUGGUCAAAGGACUAUGAAGGACCACCAGAUGCUGACAGAGUUCAGACUGAAGAGAAAGAUCUGGACAAGUUAUUGAAACGUAGCCAUGAAAUCAGGAACCCAUUGAUCAAGCUGAUAUCUGGAUGGAACAUUGAUGUUCUGGAGAAAGGAGAAGUGCGGCUGUGGUUGGAGGUUGAAAAGCUGUCACCAAAUGCAGAGCUGCAUUUAAUCUUCAAUGACAAGGAGCUGACAAGUACUCCAACACAUAAAAUAAACUUUGUCAAAGGAAAAGGUCUCGUAGAACUGAUAAUCCAGAAUUUCUGUGAUGACGAUAAAGGGAUGUACACAGCCCAGCUGCAAGAUGGAAAAGCUAAAAAUCAAUUCACCCUACUUCUUGUGGAUGAAUGUUUUGCUAAAGUUGCAGAGGAGGCUGAUGCAAAACGGAGAGAAUGGAAGAAAAAGCAGGGUCCACAUUUUAUAGAGAAUUUGAAAUGGAAGGUUACUGAGAACUGUGAAGUACUCCUUACCUGCAAGGCAACAAACCUGAGAAAGGACACCAGCUUCCAAUGGUUCUUCAAUAAGAAAGCACGAGCAGGUGGUGUGUUUGAUCCACAGACUGGGAUAGGAACUCUUCGUAUUAGAAAGAUGACCAAAGCAGAUGAGGGCCAAUACAAAGCACUUGUUUCAGACGACCGAGGAGAGGACUACACCCAACUUGAUCUCACAAAAGGAGCCUUUGAAGACCUUCUCAAGGAGCUGUGUAGGAUCAGUGCUCUUUCUGCUACACCUCUGAAAAUUCAGCCUACUGAAGAAGGCAUCAAAAUCUACACAGAUGUGAAGUACUACACAGACUACAUGAAAACAACUUGGUAUCACAAGGAGAAACAACUGGAAAGCCGUGACAGACUGAAAGCUGGGAGCACAAUGAAUCAGAUCUGGCUUCACAUACUGAACCCAACAGAUGCAGAUAAGGGAAAAUACACCCUGGAGUUAUUUGAUGGGAAAAACUCUCGCAAACUGUCAACUGACUUGUCUGGACAAGCCUUUGAAGAUGCCUUGGCUGAGCACAGAAGGCUAAAGGAAGCAGCAGUAGCAGAAAAGUGUCGUGCCAGAGUUGUUCAAGGUCUGCCAGAUGUUGCCACCAUCAUGGAGGACAAGACCCUGUGUUUAACUUGCUGUGUAUCUGGAGAUCCUUACCCAGAAAUCACUUGGUUCAAAAAUGAGAAGGUUAUCGUCUUUAAAGAUCGUUACAAAAUGGAUGUGAAGGGGACAGUUGUCACAAUUACCAUAGAGAAAGUCUGCAAUGAAGACACAGGAAAAUACAGCAUCUAUGUCAAGAAUAAGUAUGGUUCUGAAACAGGGCAGGUUACUAUCAGUGUCUAUAAGCAUGGAGAGAUACCAACAGGAAUGGAAGAAGAGUAA